AUGAAUUUAGAACUCACUUAUCUGUUUCAACAAAUUGAUGAUGCAAUCAGUACAGCAUCGUCACUAGAAUAUGUCGAUAAAGCAUUCAAAGAUGCACUACAGUAUAUUCAAGAUAAUCUCGAAGGUGAAGAUGAAGCACAAUUCAAUCAAGCAAAACAACAAUAUCAUUCCAAAAAGUCCAAAUAUUUAUUAUUAAUAGGAAAACAAGAAGACUCAAAGAGAGAAGAAAACCUUUCUAUACGUUAUGGCUCUAAGGUACAAUCUGUACAAGAGCCGCCGACAACUGACGAUAUCACAGUUCAAUCUUCAGAAACACUCAUUUUCAAUAAUAUAAUGUAUCCACAACAUUCAGCUCUCUCCUAUGCUACAUCUGCAGUCCAAAGAUGUUCUACAGACUUAAAACAAAUGUGUUUAGAUUAUGCUCACAUGAAACCAAUCAUUAGUGAUUUAGAAAGUCUAAUUUAUACUUACAUUGUUGAUAAAAUUCAAUCAUAUGAAGAAUAUAGUGUUCUCGAUAAUACAGCAUCAAGAAUACGUCUAGUUUUAAAUUUACUCAAGAAUCAAAUAACAACAUCAACAGCUACAGUUGAAUCGAAAACAACAGCGUCAGAUAACGUAAGUUAUAAUAGUGACUCAGACAUCGCUGCAUUCGCUGGAGCUUUUAGUAUGACUGUGGAUCAGUGUCUUAUUGAGUAUCGACGAACUCUCUGCUAUUUUGUUUUAUCUCAAAGUAACAAUGCGAUGAAAAUUCUCUUUUCUAACGUUCCAUUUACAAAAGAACGUAUUGUUUCACAUGCAAGAAAACUAUGUCUACUAUUUCAUCCGGACAAAGCUGAUGAAUGUGAUAAAGUUGAUUUUCGUGAGGCUUUCGAUUGUAUCACUCUCUGUAAACAAAAGCUGCUAGAUGAAUUAACUAGAAAUGGCGAUAUAAGUGAUCGUGAACUUGUAAAUCGCCAUCAAGCUGAAGGAAAAAAAUUAUGGGAAAUUGCUAGAGAUUAUAGUCGAGCUAGAAAUGGAGAAUGGAAGAAGCUAGUCCAUUUGUGUGAAAAUGAUUUAAAAAGUCAUACAGAUAAGGAUUUAGAACAGUGUCAAAUAUCCUAUGCAACACUUGCAUAUGAACAAUAUCGAGCGGCAACCAUUGCUUUAGGUAACGGCGGAACAGUAGAGGAACGUAGUGAAUUGAGGCGCAUGAUGGCUAUAACUCUUUACACUGGAGAACAAUUGUUACAAGCUCAAAUUUAUACGAUAGCAGCAAUGCAUAUUCUGGUGCAAAAUACAGGAAAAGCUGAAGUUGAAAAACUCAAUGCAUUGCAAAGUUUGUUAGAAAAAAUUCGUAGUCCAAAGGUUCCGAAUGUGACAGCCACAGUAACUCCUGCACAGGUCGUUCCUUCUGCUUCGGAACGAUCGAAUUCACGUGAGCUUGUGAGUGUGAAUGUUGGAGAGUUAUCUGUAUUGAGAAUGAAAGCCCAUAUAAAAGAAGAGCUCAGAAAAGUUGUAGUACAACAGUGUUUGAUUACAUGCAAAGAAAAACAAGUUAAAACAUCUGAAGAGUUAAUACUAACAGCGAAACGUAAAGCUGCUGAGCACAGAACGACAGGUGUAGUAUUACAAGUCGGCAGUGUUGCAACAGCGACAGGAAUGGUGGCAGCUGGGUUUAGUAACACUGUUACUGCAAUAUUUAUAGGAUCUGCAUUUGGUGCUCCAGGCGUUGUUCUCGCGAUAGGAGCUGGUGUAGGAGUAGUAAUUGGUGGUUUGAUAUUAGGAAAGGAUAUUUUUGACACGGGUAGUGCCCUUUUAAAAGAACCUACCAUACGAGAGAAACUUAAUAUUAAACUGAAUUUAGCUCUUGAACAUCAUAAGAAACAAAUGUAUGGUGCUUUUUUAGACGAAUUAGCUGCGGAGUAUUUUACUGGCUCUCGCUUGAUUCGAAUUGAAAAAGAUGGUAAAACAAUAAAAAUAGAUGUAAAUCCAACACAGAUUGUAGUGGAGCUCUUAGUACACGAAUUUCGACCAGACGGUGUCGCUUAUUUAUUGAAUUUGAUAGGUGAAACUUUACUUAAUAAGCCCGUUUUGAUGCAUGACGAAAAAGACUUUUUAUCUCUACGACAGCCACCAUUUUCGACUAUGAAUGAACUAGCAAUAAAGUGUUUUUCUGAAGUUUUUUCUGAAAAUUCUUCUCUGUUAGACAGGGCCAAAGAAUUAGACCGUCAAGUACAGAAGAAAAGUUUAGAAGAUGCUGAAGUUAGGUUUUUUACAAAAAUUGUAGAAAGCAUAAAAUCUAAAUAUUCAGCUUAUGUUUAUUCUAUACCAAAAGAGUAUUUUACAGAUGCGCUUCGUACACCUUACACUACGCGUCUGCAAGAAUUAGGUGAUAUAGCUCGCUUAAAUUUUGCUAUUGUUAAUAUCAUAGUUGGAGGUAUAGAUAAUUUUGAAGAGAGUCAAGAAGCUGUACUAGAAGUAAAACGUCGACAACUGUUAACUGCACACAAUCAAUUCUUUAUGAUAUCAGAUACUUUGGUGCAAGCAAUCGAUGACCUGUUGAUGGCAUUCGGUCUGACUCCGAAACCAUUAGUUGAUAAGGAUAUUCUAGCAUUAGAGGAUAGUGUUGUACUUGAAAGCAUUCAAAGAAUUAUAGUUAACAGUAUUGCCAUAGAAUGUGAAAGUGUUUAUUCAACUCCUACCGUGUCACAGCAGUUAGAAACUUUCGGUAGACUAAGUGAUCCUCCAAUUAUUUUGUCGCAAGAAGAGUUUAUUGAAGGAGUUCAAGAGUUGUCUGAGAAAAACGGUAGGGACGAAAGUAUUAAAAUAAAUGUAGCUGAACUUUUGAAAGCAGAUAAAGUGCUCAAUCUGCAAGAUUGGAGCAUGUACUAUUCUUUGGACGAAAGAUGGGUUUUAAAAGCGGCUCAUCUACCGUUUUUAUCAAAACUGUUCAAUUUGACGAUUUAUUCUAGUUCUGUAACAAUACAUCCUACUGAUGGACGUUUUUUUGUUGCAAAAGACGUUCCUCAUACGACUCUACGUUUUGAGUCAUCUGUCUUUGCUGUGCUGGAUAACAAUAACACUCAUAUAAUUGGCGUUGUUAAAACUUGCGACUUAGGAUUAAAUAGUCUGUAUAAUGACUUACAAAUUGCUAGUACAAACCAGAAAAAAAUUGAAAUUCUUCGGAAAAUAGCAACUCAUCAUCGUUUAAAAGCUGAACAUUUUGAAAAAAUACAUCGUUUACAAGCACUGCCACAUUGGCAUGAAGCCAAAAAGAGUUAUACUAAGGUUCUUAAAUUAGAUCCAAAUAGUUUAGAGAUGUCACUAGGUUUUGGACGAUGUCUCUGUAUGUUAAGUAAGCUUGAGACAGCGGAGAAGUUUCUCCGUAAAACGCUAGCUGCACAUCCGUGUUCAGCUGAAGGCUGGUAUUUACUAGCCUUAACAAAGCGUAAGCUUCAUGUAUACGAUGAAGCAAACUAUUUUAUACAGAAAGCAUUGGAAAAUGAUUCAAGUUGUAGAGAAGCGGUUGAAGAAUCAAAUGUUAUUAAGGUAUUACAGUCAGAAAAAAUGUUAGAUCGUUUAGAAGUAUACAAUCGUAUGAAAUCUAGUCGCAAGGCAGCAUCGGCUAAUAAUUCGUCAGAUUUUAAUGUUUUGACGAUUGAUGGUGGGGGCGUCAGAGGAAUCAUGCCCGCUGUAUGGUUAGCUGAACUUGAGCGUCUUACAAAGCGUUCUACUGCAUCGCUCUUCAAUAUGAUGGCUGGAGUUUCUACUGGUGCAAUCCUAGCCGCAGGUUUAUGUACACCAGGACAUGAUAAUGUUCAAGAACCACGGUAUGCAGCAUCUGAUAUUGUUAAACUCUAUGUAGCUGAUUCGAAUCAAGUUUUUCAACGAACAAAAAGUUGGUUACCGAACUCCUGGCGGCAGUUGUGGCAAGAUGUAAAGUAUACUGACAGUGGACGUACAGAUUUGUUUGCUCGUUAUUUUGAAAAUAUGCGUGUAUCUAGUGUCUUAACAGAAUUAGUAAUUCCAGCUGUUAAGAGCGACGGUAGAGAAACAUACCUUUUCAACAGACACGAUUGUCGUGCCUCGACUCAGCACAAUUAUUUUCUACGUGAGGUCUUAAUGUGUACAACAGCUGCUCCAACUUAUUUUAAGCCAUACGUACUAGAUGAGUCGCAUUAUGUAGAUGGUGGAGUUCAAAUGAAUAAUCCAGUGAUUGCUGCAUAUAAUGAAUGUAUUCGCUAUGGAGUUGCGCACGAGAAUAUAUUUAUACUUUCUCUAGGAACUGGUGACUAUGUUCCCGAUCCUUUACAUCCCGGCGCUGAGCGUCACUUAUUGUUUUAUGUGACGCAUCAUAAAGAAAUACUCAAUAUGAUUCUCGACGGUCCCCAAUAUAACGUUGACGUUCACAUGAUGUCCCUUAUGGGUAAAGAAAAAUACCAGCGUUGGCAAGUUUGGUUUGAUAAACCAAUUGAGCUAGAUGAUAUUGAACCGCCAUCGAUUGAAUUACUGUUUGAGAAUGCGCGCGCAUACUUUGAAGAAAUGGAUGCUUAUGAUAACGAUAAACGUUUAGGUUUAUUGCUAGAUAGACUGAGAGGUGACGUACAUUGA